GCAGGAAUCCGGUGGUCGGGACAGAAGGCUGAGACGUUGACCGGGACACAGGCAAGGCAGGGAAGUCCAGACAGGCAGGGUCGGCAACGGGAAGUCAGUCCACAGGAAAGCUGGAAGGUCUGGCAUGAAUGCAACGAACGACCUGGCAGCGAGUGUGUGUGAGACUGGGGUUUAAAUACUGCAGGGUGGAGGUGCAGCAGAGUGAGCAGCAGGAGAACGAUGGCGAGGAGGCUGGUGAUCAUCGACACAGACUGCGGCAUCGACGACGCUCAGGCCAUCAUGAUGGCGCUGGCGGCGCCCGACAUCCAGGUGGUCGCCGUCACCUGUGUGUUUGGGAACGCGGCGGUGGAGAACGUGUGUCAGAACGUUCUCAGGGUUCUCUCCGUCUGUGAGCGCCAGGAGAUUCCAGUGUUUCGAGGUUGUGGUAGUCCUCUAGUGGGAGCCAGUAAACCAGUGAGUGACCACUUUGGAACUGAUGGACUCGGAGACGUGUACAAAGACAAAGACCUGCAGUGGGAGGAGAAAAUCCAGAAGGAGCAUGCAGUCAAUGCAAUGAUUAGACUGGUGACUGAAAACCAGAAGCAGGUCUCCCUGGUGGCUCUUGGACCGCUCACUAAUCUGGCUCUGGCGGUCAGACUGGAUCCAAGUUUCCCCCAAAAGCUCAAAGAUCUCUACAUUAUGGGCGGCAACAUGGAAGGAAAAGGAAAUGUGACACUAUGUGCAGAGUUUAACUUUGCCAUGGAUGCAGAGUCGGCCUACAUUGUUCUUGAGGAGUUCCUCUGCCCUACAUACGUGGCAUCGUGGGAAUACGCCUGCAGAAAUGCUCCGACAUGGGAGUUCUUUGAGGAGCUGAUCAAUCAGGAUGCAGCUGCUGCACGCUUUAUGAAGAGGAUAACAUCCAGAUGCAGGGCUUACUCCAAAGAGGCUCUGAUGACCAAGAGAGACGUGUACUUUGGACCGGGCUUUGUGGCCUACGACGCUUACGCAAUGGCCGCCUGUAUCGAUGGCAGCGUGGUCACGGAGAGAAUCAAGUGUCCGGUCCGGGUGGAGCUGCAGGGCUCCAUCUCUCGUGGCAUGAUGGCACUCGAUUGCACUAAUCAGCUGAAGAAGAGCCACAGUGUGUUUGUUCUGACCAAGUGUGACGUCGCCAAGUUUAGUCAGCUACUCAUGGAGUCUCUUCGACAGCCCAAGAAGUAACAAAUGAUGACACACAGCUCAUCAGAGUAAGGAGAAAAAGAAUAAUACUCCCUGAACCAAAAUGAUUUCAAAAUAAA